GUGUAUCUCUGGAGCUAUUAGCACAACUCUACAAUAUUUAUCGCUGACGUGCACAGCAAUGUUCUUUCAUUAGUCUGAGAAAAGUUGCGCUCAAGUGUACAAGCAUGGCCAGCUAUGGCGUACUGACGUUUAUGGUAGUUUCAUCAUUAUGUGUGUUUGUGCAAGGACGGUACAGUCACGUUUCCUGCCAGGUAGUGGAGAACAAAUGGUGCACCGUGCAGCGGCUACGAAUCACAGCACGAACGGAUGUCCGUGGCUUAGUGUUUCCGGAUGAUCGAUACGAAAAAAUCCGCAUCGGCCAGUACUAUGAUUUCGUCAACACAGACAGCACGAUUGUAAUCUUUUCCGGAGAGUUAUUCUACCGUAUGCGCCGCGUUAGAUAUCUACAGAUGAACGGCGUUCGCAUGGUAGGACUCGAUAUGCCCGACACCGUCAUCGAACUGGAUGUGGCUGACAACUAUAUCUCCCGGGUGUACAUAGACCCAGACAAGAGCUACACCCUGCGAAAACUGAUCAUGCGCAACAAUCUUCUCACUAGCAUUAAUGGCUUCAACUAUCUCAACAUGCUCGAGGAGCUAGAUCUGAGCGACAACAUGCUGCAUACGGUGAACUUUGCCGUGUUUUCGUUCAUGCCUUACAUCCGGUUGAUCAAUCUGGCUCGGAACCGCAUUUUCAGCACUACCGCUGGUAAUGGCGUUAUUUCACUUGGCUUCCUUGAACAAGCAAAUCUAGCAGAAAACAUGCUAACAAAACUGGAUGUUGGUGUAUGGCUGUUCCCUUCACUCACAACUUUAAACCUCACCGGCAAUCCUAUUAGACGUUUAUCGUUGUCCAGUCAGCAAUCAUUUCCACGAUUGAAACAAGUUUUGUUAUAAGCUAAUUCGGCCACGAUUAUCCUCAUAGUAAUAGCGAUAGUUUGCAGCUUUAAGCAUGA